AUGCGUGAAAGGCGUAGGACGGCGCUGCUUCCGGCGGCCGUCGUUGGCCUGUUGGUGACGUCACUUGCCGUCGAGGCGUCCAACAUCCCCUGCGGGAAGGCCUUCAUCCCUUGCGAGAACGACAUCCUCAACCAUGCCCACGAACAAUCUUCCGAUUCUGGUGAUUCAAUUCGAAAGGACAAAAAUCAUUGUUUUUGCUUCUAUUCUCCAGCUUUUUUGAAACGGUUUCUGAAGCGAGGAGUGUUGAGACUUGAAAGUUGAAGCCAAAAAAAGUGGGUAAACUUCACAAAUUUUAUUUUACCGGGAGCUUGGAAUUUUUAUUGAAAAAUUCAUAAUGUUCAGGAUAUUUUUUGUGACAGGGCCCAGAGUUUUUUUAAAGCUGAUUGCAUUUUUUCAGGACAUUUUGUGAGUCACCGGGUACCUGACGGCUUGCUUUUCGUUGCCUCCAAAGAAGCCUCGAAGGAAACUGACCGCAUUUUCGACUUUUCCGAUGUUGCAUACCAAUAUUCAGGUAUUAAAGGAUGCGUGAAAAUUAGAAAAAUUAAACUGGAACUUUUGACGUAAUUUAAGCUGUUUUGUACGUGGUUUUCACCGUGAGUGACGUGCAAAGUUUGAAAUAAUUUUUUUGCGUCUGAAGUCGAUUUACGGAUAGCUUGGGGCGCAAAGAGGCGUGGCCUGUCUGCGACCUCCACCAAAAAAGCGCUGUCUCUUUUCUUAUCGCGUCAGGACCCUUUUUGAUGGCUCAAGCCUGCCCUGAAUCAGAUAUAUGCCUGAACCUCCAAGCCAUGAACCUUCGAAAGGGGGCUAGAUUUCGAAAGCUAGAAUGCGCUGGUAAAUAAAAAGAAAAAUUUAAAGAUCUGCUCUUUUUGUUUUUUUGAACGCUCUCUAGCUUUCCAGAGUUCAUGGCUUCUUUAUUUCAUUAUAUCUUUUUUGCUGCUUCAAAGGCCUUUUUUUUUCAAGGUCAUCCCCUCGCCACCAGUGUCUCGCAGUGGACACGAGUUCAUAAGGCGGACAAAAAAGCCGCCGAAAGGAGCAGAGCCGCUUUUGCCUCUGUUGCCAUCACUAAAAGGCUCACUUCGUCAGUUUCAAGUUAUUGAAGCUGUGAAUUAUUUUUCCGAUUUCCAGACUCGGACUUCGCGAACGGGAGUUGAAGUUUGGCGUCACCCCAAGCCAAGUAUCUUCCUCGAUUCCGACCUGUCCAAUCCCUAACAUUGAACAUUGCUACGCUACCAAUUAUAGGUUGAUAAUGACCUAUUUCAAUAUUUUAGUUUAUAUUUUCUUGAAGGUCAUUCUCUGGGAUCUGUAACAAUGUGGUGCACCCAGAGUGGGGCAGCAGCCAUUCGCCGUUCUCCCGUCUUUUCCGAAAUGCCUAUUCUGACGGUAAUUUUGUUGAAAUGAUGAUUUUUACGUGAUAAGUCUUUUCGAAGAUUUUCGCUAGUGUGUUUCGAAAAGCAUCAUUCUGGUAUGACGUGAAAUAAAAUCAAAACAGUUUUCCGGAUAUAUGACGCAGGUCCACGAUUUUUUUAAAGUUAGAAGACUUUCUAAAAGGCUCUAAGUUUCUCUCAGUGAGAUCAAUAUCAUAUUUUGUGGUUGGGAAUUCCUUGAAAAUUGGCCAGAACACUUCUUGAUGUACCACAAAAAGAUCCCGUAAGUCUCGAAUUGCACAAAUUUCUAGCUUUAGAAAAAGGAAACCUCAGAGUCAAAGAAAAUCCUCGAAACCCGUGAAAAUAGACCCUUUCCGGGCUUUGAGCCUUCGCUUUUCAGAAACCAGAAAGUUGUACAGAUUGAGAUUUUCCGGAUCUUUUUUUGGUACAUCGAUGAGUUUCGUGGCCAAUUUUCUGGAAUUUCUCAACCUCUAAGCAAAAUGAUCUUCCUUUCAAAAGAACUGAAUUUUUUUUUAUACCCAUUCAAAGUGCUUCACUGUCAAUAUUCUUCGAUUUAAAACCAAAAAAAUGAUUUUUCAAGGAGUUUCGAGCCCUCGACUCACGUCUUCUUCGGGCUCUCUGCCGUCGCCACGAGGCCUCUCAUUGACGCUCUUCACACCAAGAGGCCAAGUUUGCAACCAAGUUCGGAAAAAAUAAGUCAAAAAUGGACGUUACAGGAACAUGAAGGUGUGACGACAAUGUUCGCGCAUUGGAUGCAGCUCAUCGCCAGCGAUUUGGUCAAUAUUGUCCCAUUCCAGGCUGUUUAUGAAGGUUUUUUUUGUUUCAAAGUAGUAAUUUUUGCGAGAGAAGCAAGAAAAAAAUCAUGAAUUUCAUGAAAAUCAAAAAGAAAAGGUUUUGAUGAUUUGAUAAGAUGUGAAGGAGAAGCCAUUUAUUCUCAGAAAUGAUUCCUAAAACAAGAUGACGAAACGUUUACGCGCGAAUUAUUAAUUUCGGUUAAAAAGGGCCCAAAUAAGUUCAAAGUUCCUCUCUCGAGAUUCUAAAUCUUCUUUAGAACAAUCUUAAGAAUCUUGAGGUGGUCUGUAUAGGGAUUAAGACGCAAAAGAGUGCCGCUUAUAAAGGUUAAAUUUUACUGGUCCCGAGUAAAUGCUCCCCUAUAAGGUACACUAACAAAACCACUAUAGGGGUCAUUUUUCAAGCUUUAGGGAUCUCUAAAGGCGAGGUAAAGUGAUCCCUAGAAGGGUAGCUUCAAGGGCCUCUAAGGUUACCCUAUAGGGACCACUAUUUCGUUCCUUAGAACAGGAAUAUGGUCCAAUUCCAGGAACGAGUAGUCCACUACCGUGCUGCAAAAAAGGAUUCAUCCAUCCAGAAUGCGACGAAAUCGAAAUCCCAUCUGCUGACCCGGCCUACAGGUUUCUAUUAAUCAUAUAUUAUUUUUUUAGGAUUUUUCUCUGAAUAAACUUAUGCAGAAGUUUGUUCUUUCUUAAGAAUUAUUCCCAGAAAACUAUGAAAAAUUUUGUUUUUCACAGAUCCCAGCUGACCUGUAUCCCCCACACAAGAUCCACGAUCGCCCCUCUGAAAUCCUGUACCUUGGGCCCGCGUGAGCAGAUGAACCAGGUCUCGUCGUUCCUCGACGCCUCGUUCAUCUACGGCUCCGCCAUGGACCGCGCCAAGCAGAUCCGCCUUUUCCGCAAUGGUUUUUCUCCCUUUCAGAUAGAAAUUCUUUUUUUCUUGAAAGAAACGAAUUUUCAUGUUUGAGGUCUCUUGAGAACUGCUGGAAACGUCGGUGAACUCCCGCUGACGGAUUCGACUCUCCAGUGCCAGGCUCCUCAUUCUAGGUUCAUUCUCAUCGAGUUUUUUCGGAGAUAUUUUUAGUCAUUUUCUUGAAAUUUUCUAUUUUUAGAUAGUAUUCAACUCAGGUAGAUCUCCUUGGGUGAUAAUCAGGCCGUGUGCAUGAAAGAGGGAAUCAGUUUUGCUCUUUUUUCUGGUAUAGAAAAAGCCGUAAAACGUGUUCCUUCAUACUUGGACCCCUUCAGGAAACUUAACUAAACCAAAAAAUACCAAUUUUGAUGGAUUGAGAGCUUAUUUUGAGAAUUUUUUUCUCUUUUAUGCAUUACAGGGGCUUGAAAGGCGAUAGGGUUAGAUUGACAAUAGUACGCGAAGCGGCUUUUGUGGGGGAACUCAAAAAAAAACGGACGCAACCUUGCAAAAAAUUGAAAAAGAUAUAAUUUUUUGAUUGCUUUAAAAAAUGUUUUUCAAAAAUGCUGGCUCACUUCUGACUUCAACUUUCCCGUUAAAAAAUCGCGUCGAUCACGCUACAGUACGCAACAAGUCACCUCUGGCAGCCCAUAUAUCCUUUUUAGCGCCACGUUUUUUUUACGAGUCAAAGUACCGUAUACCAGGUCUUAGAAGGCGCAAGGGAGCUCUAAGUUCUGUGGUUAUCCUACUUUUUGAAAACGUGAAAAAUUCGCGCGAAUAGCUAUAGUCUGUUCAGAUUUUUAAUGUCAAGUUCACUGACGUCAUUGAAAAACACUCUGUGGAUGGCUCGCUCUCUGAUUGGUUUAUCGCACCAUUAGGGACGGAGCUUGAGCGACGACUUGACAUUCAAAAACUGAACAGACUAUACAAGAACAUGCGGGUCUUUUAUUUUUCUACAUAAUUUGAGUUCUCUUUGACUACAUGGCCUUUCAAUUCGGGAAACAUUAACCAUAGCCCUGAUAUGUCGCAGAUGCGCCCUGUCCGGAUCCGACGACGCCAACGUGCUGCCGGGAGUGACGGCCAUGCACACGGUCUUCAUCAGACAGCACAAUCGGAUCGCCGAAUCUCUCCGAGAACUCAACCGCCAUUGGACCGACGACAAACUCUUCGAGGAGGCCCGCAAGAUCGUCUCCGCCCAGGUCCAGCACAUCACCUUCAACGAGUUCUUGCCCAUCAUGCUCGGCAGGGACAAUCUCAAGUGAGUUUGAAAAAAAGGAGAAAGGAUCCGGUAGUUUUAGGAUAUGAAUAAGUUUACAAAAAAUCGAUCGAUUUCUUUGAGCCAAAUAGCCUUUUUAGUAAACUUUCAAAUGAAAAUUGUACGUUUUCCUUGAUUUAGAUAUUUACUAUUAUUCCUUCUAGGACCUACGGUCUUGAACUCCACCAAUCGGGUUUCGACGCCGACUACGACAUGAACAUCGACGGCGCCACGCUCAACGAGUUUGCCGUCACUUUCCCAUACUUUUUGUGGUCCGUUUUUGCGGAUGAAAUCAAGAAUCUCAGAAUAAUUCUCAGGGCACUCCUUCCAAACGACGCCUUGUUCACUUCCUUCAACAACCCUUCCAGACUUUAUGAUCAAGGACCUGUUGGAAUUAUUCGGUUGGUAAAAGACAUGAUUUUUCAGGAAAUGUAUCACUUUUCAGACAAAUUCUAUCGACCAACAUUUACAAACCGGCUCUGAGAGCCAACGAUGAAGUAAAAAGUGGAUUCUUCAAGGAUAAUUUGGUGAGGGAAUGAAAAUGAACUAUGUAGAAUUUUUGAGGAAAAAAAUUUCUGUAAGAUCUAUAGUAUAGAGUCGUGUAUGUACUCCGGAACUUUGGUUUCUAUAAGACCCUUAAAGGCUCCCCUCUAGAGCCCACUUAACGUUCCCCUUUUGGGGCCACCAAAGCUUUCAAAAGUGGCUGGGAGGACAAGCUAAUCGUUUCUUGUUAUGAACUCUGAUAAGAAGUAUUUCCAUGGCAUAAACUCAAUAAAAUAGCGGUUUUUGAAGGAAAAAUCGAUCAAAUUUGUCCUUUCCAUUUUCAAAUGUGAACAAAGAUUGAAGAGUCCAAUAGGGAGCGUUUGAACUUUAGAAGGGUCAGACCCUAAACUCCUAUAGGGGACCUUUUUCCCAAAGGGACUGUUUCUUCCCCUAACUCUUAUAGGGACCAAUCUAGCUUUGCUAAAAUGUAAGUAUAUUUCAUUUUUUGUUAAAGAGGAUCGGUUCAAAACCGGUUUCUUAAACUUCCCUCAAUGAGCUUGAGAAAAAUUAGAAUAAAAUGAAACUUGAGUCUCGAAAUUUCUUGUAGUUUUGAAUUUGAUAGAGCUUUGAAGACGGUUCCAUGAGAAAAACCGAGCAUUUUUGACUUCAAAGAUAAUUUUCAAAAAAACUAUUUAAAUUUGGAGUUUUCCCUGUUGAAUCUUUCUGAUCUUCUUAUUGUAAAUUUUCAGGAAAUCGGUUUGGAUUUGCUGUCGGUAGCGUUGAAACAGGGACGUGAUCAUGGAAUCCCUGGAUAUAGCAGUAUCAGAUCCGGCUGUGGUCUUGGACGGGUUCGUUUAACAUUUUACCAUCCGUUAUUACAUUAAUGGGUACAAAAAAUCCGAGGAAAACCAAAAAAAGGUCUAGAUUAGGUAUUGAUGUAGAUCUCUUUCAAAUCUACUCUUCUAGUUAGUUUUGUUAGGACAGUAGAAAAUAAUGAAAUAAUGAAUCAAAAAAUGUUAAGGUGUCCUCAUUCAACGACCUCAAGGAGAUUUUCCUGCCCGAGGUGAAAUUCGAGUACCUUUCUUCGGCCUACGACAAGCCUGAAGACAUUGACCUUCUGGUCGGAGUUUUGGCUGAGAAGCCUCUAAAGGGAUCACUCAUCGGACCCACGAUGGCCUGCAUCGUCGGAAAACAGUUCCAGAGGGUCUGUUUUUGGUCUUAGAGGAAAUUUCAGGCUGAUUAUUCAUUUAGUAUUAUGGACCAAAAGUGGAAGUUUUUUUUUGAAUUGGACGUACUCGUAAUGAAAAGUGAUUCUUUUUAGGUCCAUUUCGUCUUUUUUCGGUAGUUUUUAGGAUCUUUAGAGGUGAUUAAAGAAUCUAUCUUGCUUUUAAAAGGUCAUAGAACGGCCCUUCCUCACAGGAACUUUUCUGAAAUUAGUUUUUGCGCCUUUAAACUCCAGAUAGAAUUUCGGAGGAAAUGUUUUUACAUAGGCAAAGUCGGAAAAGGUGGAAAAAGACUAUAGAAUUUUCCUUUAAGGGUGAAAAAGGCUCCUUUUUCCUGCCUUUUUGCGCCGUUUCAUCGGCUUUUAUGAAACAUUUUUGCAGCCUCUCCCUUUUUUCACUAUUUCUUGAGCCUUUAAAAUCCCAGAAAAACGGAAUGCUUAAAAAGGGGACUCUUUCUGCGGCCUCUUUUGAGCUUUUCCCUUUUAGCGGCCAUUAUUCACCAUUCCGACUUUGCCCGAUUAAAGAUCGGAUGAAAGUAACUAGAUUUUUCGGGGCUGAAUAUAAGGUUUUGGAACGAAGUAUAGUUGUAUUCUUACCGUUAGAUGAAGUAUAUCGGAAUGGAUUUGAACCGAUUUUUCAGAAUUUAAUUUAUAAAGUCCAAUCCAUAAAACUGAUAAGUUCAGUCGCGACGCGGUGACCGUUUCUGGUACGAAAACUACUUUGCGCAGUCCGGCUUUACCGAAUCGCAACUCGCCGAAAUCCGCAACACCAAGUUGGCCGAAAUCAUCUGCUCGAACGUCGACAUCCGACGAAUCCAGUCUAACGUCUUCAUGAAGGAGGACGUCUUCGAGUUGGAUCUUCUUGAUCGGAACAGAAUAUCAAUCUUCUUUUCAGCAAUAUGGCAAUCUCCUGCAACUCUUCCUUCUUGGAAGCUCCUUCUCUUGAGGAAUGGAGAGACGCCGAAGGCCAGCCUGUGUUCCCCAUCCGACAGGAAACCAUCGAGAAGGUUCUUUUAACUGAUUUUGAGCCCAAGAAUUUGUAAUUUAUUCAUGAAUAGUUUUUGAAAAAAUCAAAAACGCGCUCUGAUAGAAAUAGGUAUCUUUGGGCUUUUUUUCCAAAGUUCUAACAGCGCAGUUGUAUCAUAGUCGGUUCACGGCUGACUUGGGACGCUAAGGGGCGUGGCCUGUCUGCGCUCUCCUUUAACCAAGCACUAUUUAUUUUAUUAUCGUGUCAAGACCCUUCUUUCGAUGGCUCAGGCCAGCCGUGAUACAGAUAAAAAGAAACUACCCUCAUUAAUUUUUUUUUUAAUUUUUCGCCAGUUUUUGGGAAAAUCCUUUCAGAAAAAAGCUACUCCAAAAUCCACUUCAUCCCUAAAAUGAAUUUUUUCAGGUCAUGGCUCUGGCUAAAAAGAACCUCAAGGACAUGCAAAAGAGGGAAGUCACUAACUUGAAGAAAAGUGAGAAUUUUUUUAGCAAGAUAUCUAUACAAUUAUCAAUAUUUCACUCAGAAAUUUGAGAAUUUGCUCUGAAAAAAUAAAAAAAUAAAUAAGCCAUGUUCUAAGGCGAACAGAAAAGACUCGAAAAAGUAAUUUUCUACAUGGAGAUUGAAAUUUUUCAGUUUCCUGAUUGCAUCCUUCCUGAAAUGGGAAACUUGGGAAACUUUUUCGAUUUCUUAUUCUGUCAAUUUUUAUGCCCUUUUUCUUCCGAUGAAGAACAGAAAAAGAGUGGACAUUUUUCCAGAUCAAGGAAGAUUUGAAAAAGGCGAUCCCCUGUUCGCCUACGCCAACAUGAUGCGAGCCAAGGAAGGCGCCAAACAAGUCUCCCAAAUCUCGGCGUUGCUUCUGGAGACAACCAAGCUGCUCGUCAAGGGGUCUUUAUAUAGCUUAUUCUCGCCAUAUUCUCACGAUGUUUUUUUGUGCUAUAGAACCCUUCUCGUCGAUCCCCUUGGCUUUAGCUGAAUUUUUAGGCCAAAUGAAAGGCGCAUGCACAGAAAUAAGCCGCGCGCUUUGAACGGAAUGACUUUUUAGUUGAAGGGAAACAAAAAUCGUGACAAGCUGGCGCGGAAUGGGCUAUAAAUAUCAUAGAAAAAAAGGUGGAACUGUAAUUCUAGUCCAUUUUUUGAAAUGAGGCUGUACACGCGUUUUUCGAUUAUAUGAAUAAUCAACAGGCCUUGAAAAAGCCGAAGAAAAGACUGCCGAGAAAUGAACGUUGAAAUGUUUUCUAAUUGAAAAAAAAAGUGUAUGAAGGUGCGCUCCAUGCCUCUUAUGCCUUUUUAGAAAAAAAUAUUAAAUAGUCGCUAUUUUUUUCAGCAUUUGAAAAAAAUUUGAUAAGAAAAAAAUUUCAUUUUCAACUACGGAAUGAGCGCGGCGUAACCCUGUGCAUGAGUCUUUAAUAGAACCGAAGUUUUUAGGUUAAGUUAAAGGCGCAUGAACAGAGAUUUGCCGCACGUUUCGAAGAAAAUGGUUCGGUCGCUUGGAGGGGAAAAUUUAAAACUUGCUCGGAAUGCACAAUAACAGUAACUGUAGUUUUUUUGGCCUUCUAGAAAGAAAAUAAGAAGAAAUCAUGGGGAAAAAAACGGAAUCAAGAAAUUCAGAGAAGGCCUGGAGGAGGAUGAACAGCUACCGAAGCUCGACAUCGCGACUCUCCAGCGAAUUCUGCCGGAAAUCGACGUUUCUCACUUUGUCAACAACUUCACGGCUUUCCUGUCCGAGGACGGCAAGGUUUGUUUUUAGGUUCAUUAAAACAAAAUUUCCAUUGAAGAAUAGGGAAUAUAUCAAAUGAUUUUCUUCACUAAAAGGGAAAUUUGACUUGGACCCUUUUGAUCAGAAAUUUUCAGUCAAACGUCGAGGAUUGCAUCCCGAAAAUGCUCCCUUGCGAUCAUACUACAAGGUUUGUUGAGAUUAGAUGUUUUUUUGAAUUUUUCAUGCUUCAUCCUUGCGAGCAAUUUUUCGAUAAAAGAAAGGAUUUUAAAAUUUGAACUUGGGAAUAAUCUAUGAGUAGCCAAUUCCGGGCCAGCUGGUCAUUUUUUUUCCUCUCCAAGCUCCAGAAACUUUUUUUUUACAAAAUAACUCCCAGAGCCAAACUUUCCUUAUCCUAGCACUUUUCCUACAAGAAUGUUAUCGAAAAAACGGGUUUUGGACCGUUCAAUAAGGAUAGGACCACCUGGAAAUUUUACAAAAGUUAGAAAAACAAAUCAUGACAAGCUGGGGCGGAAUGGGCUAUAAGAAUAAAGUCUGUUUGUUUGACAGAUACCGUACCUACUCUGGCUGGUGCAACAACCUCAAGUACCCAGAGUACGGUAACUCUUUCGCGCCACUCCGACAUUUGCUCCCACCAACCUACGAAGACGGCUUCGACGCCCCGCGAAGCCAUGCCAAGAGCGGAAACGUUCUGCCCAACCCUAGAAAGGUCGAGUAAACGUCAUUUUACAGUGAUUUUUCUAGUUUUUUUUUUUGUAGUUUUCCGGAUUUUUACUUAUAGUUUCUAGAUUUCCAACGCGGUUUGCGAAGACAAAGAUGUCUCCCACGUCAAGUUCACCCACAUGGUGAUGCAGUUCGGUCAGUUGCUCGACCACGAAAUGACCCAUUCUCCGGUCGCCCGAGGCCCCAACGAUGAGAUCCUCAACUGCACCAGGUUGGUCUUGAAAAGAACGUUUCAUUAAUUCAAACACAAAAUUUCAUUUCUCACACAUAAGUAAUGAAUUGACCGGAGGAAUGGAGGGAAAAUGUAGGGAAUGAUGCAAAAACCGCCUUGAAAUUCAACGACAGUAGACUUUAUAAAUGAAUUUUUAGACUAACAUUUUUUUCUUUCACCUUUUGACCCAUUAGUGACCUUCAAUCCUAACGUCUGUCGGGUCUGCGAGUGAUUUCUCCUUGCCUUUAAAUCCAUAUAAUUCAGAUGCGAUUCGCCCGAAACGAUUUCGGUGCAUUGUAUGCCGAUUCGUGUCCUGCCAGAUGAUCCAUUCUUCCCAACUCAUUACCCCAACGGAGAUCCGAGGCGAGUUUCUGUAGUCUGACCAGAUUUUGGGUGUCAAGCCAGCGCCCAAGCUCCGCCCCGAAUUUCGGCGAUCAACCAUUUGGUUGAACUUGCGCAGCGAAGGUAGUUGGGCGUGACUACUCAUGCGCCUUUCAUAAGACCCCCAUUUCUGAUUUUUUCCUUUUCUGGCACAAAGCUUUCGUUUUUUUUAUUCCAUUCGUUUUGGAAUUGUCUAUAACUAGUCGCAAUGCUAAAGAUACAUAAAACAUUCAUAAAAUGGAGCUCUUAUUAAAGGCGCAUUGGCAGUCGAAGGAAUCCAGUUUUGCUGCGCGAGUUCAACCGUUCAAAUGAUGAUCAUGCAAGCCAGCCGAGAAUGGACUAUACACUUGACAUUCAGAAAUUUGAACAGACUGAAAUACAAGAAUUAUGACGAAGAGUCGUUUUCAGAUGUCUUCCCUUCGCCAGGUCCCUCCUCGGCCAGCUCAAACUCGGUUACCGUGGCCAGCUCAACCAGCUCACCGCCUACAUCGAUGGGUCCGUUCUCUACGGCUCUACGACCUGCGAAGCAAAGGCUCUCCGACUUUUCACACGCGGACUCAUGAACUUUACCGAUUUUGGUACGUUUUUGAAAUCCUAUAGGCUAUGAGAUUACCUCGCCAUCAGUUUUGUUGAAUUCAAGAACAUUUAUUGAUUUUCAGGCCAAGGCCACAUGAUGCUCCCGCAAGGAAAUCAGGAGAAAGACUGCAGAUCAUCGCCUCAUAUGCCGUGCUUCGUCGCUGGAGAUGAGAGGUAGGAAAUUGUUUGAAAUAUUUUUCACGUGUUUAUAAUGCGCUUGAACUUUUUGAGAAUUCAUUGUUGCUCUAGGAAAAAACCUUUGAAGGUUCUGACGAAAUUUUCCUUUGUAACAAACUACAAGAGAUGGGCGAAAUUCCGCAUUUCAUGUUCCGAAAAAAUAUUUCUCAACAUGACUUCUCUUAUUUGAAUCAUUUAGUAGUAGACAGAGAUAGGCGUAACUGAUUUUUCACAUUUCGGAACGCGGAAAUCGGACUGCGGAAGCAUUGAAGAUUUUUUUCAGUACCAAAUUUUUUUGGGUUGGUAUGCGAUUGUUCAUGUAUAUUCUCUCAUUACAUGGGAAUUUUUGACGAUUAGUGUCUGAAAACCAAAGACUUCACUGAAAAAGAAAUUUUAAGCCAUAAAAAAAUUGAAAAAAAAAAUCAACCUGAAAACGCACCCAGCGGAAGACGAAAUAAAUUUCUUCAUUUUGAGGGACGAAAAAUGCGAAGUUUCGCCCUUUUUUUUUCAUAUACCCAAUGGGAAUACCAUUGCAGAAACUCCCACCAGCCGGGCCUGACCAUAAUGCACACGAUCAUGAUGCGGGAGCACAACCGCGUGGCGAUGCAGCUGUCCGCCCUGAACCCCCAUUGGAACGACGAGAUCGUCUACCAGGAAGCAAGACGGAUCGUCGUCGCCGAGCUGCAGCACAUCACCUUCGCUGAGUUCCUCCCCAAACUCAUCGGCCUCGACCUUCUCAACGCCCAAAACCUCGUCCCUAAGAAGUCGGGAUACUUCACGCGUAUGUUUUUUGUUACUGAUGGGAAAGAUUUUGACGAAAAUUGGCUUCAAAUCAAAAUUCCUUACGCAAAAAACGGAAUCGACGUGAUAGCAUUUGGAAAUAUAGAACAUACUGGAUUUUUAAUUGUUUUUUUAGCGGUCAGAAUAUUUUGCGCAGAAGUGUAUUGGGUUCUAAGCUCAUUCUGCUUGUCACGAUUUUAUUUUUCUUCGAACUACAGUACUCUUUUCUUUGAUGUGCGCCGCCAGUCAGUGCAUGCGCCUUUCGCUUAGCCUAGAAUUUCUGUUAUGUUAAAGGCACACAGGCUGGUCGCACGCUUUGAAGGGAAGCUUCUCGGUGGGUUUUCUAUAGCCCCAAAAGAAAAUCGUGACAAGCUGGCCCGAAUCGGGCUACAUGAAGUUUUUUGGACUUUUUAAGACAUCCCCGGUAUGAAAUUUUGAAAAUGACUUUUUCUAAAAUGAGCAAAUUUUUAGAUUUGCUCACCCCUGCAUUUUGAAAAAAAAGUUGUGUUUCUAGAAUACGACGCGACCUGCGAUGGAGCCAUUUCCCAACCCUUUGCCACGGCGGCUUUCCGUUUCGGCCACACUCUUAUCCGAAGAAUGUUCCCACGAAUGAAUUACAAUUAUAAGUCAGGCUCCAAAAUUAUUCUCUUUUUCUAAUAAGUGAAACUUUCUAGGAACAUGAGUGAGCCCGUGGACCUUGCCCAGCACUUUGGACAUGUCGGACCGCUUUACGAGAAAGACAAAGGAGGUAAUCAAAACGAAUGUAAAGAAAAGGAGAUUGGAAAAAUUAUUUUAAUCGAUUAGGCAUACAAAGAAAUGCAUAGAAAAGUUUACCAGGUAUUCUUAAAGUUCAAGCUUCGAAGUCUAAGCCCAUCUUGAACCGUACUGUAACCGAGACACGUUAAACCACGUUGGACCGUUUUUCAUACCCUAAUCUUUUUUUUUUCGAAUUUCUUUAACAAUUAAUUUUUUGCACUGGCCGUGAGUCAACUCUGGACUGGUUUCUUGAGUUUUCUGAGUUUUUUUCCACUUCCAUUGAUUUUUUAUGAGUCUCUAGGACUCGAUUCGAUGUUGAUGGGUCUCCUGGGCACGCCCUCGAUGGCUUUCGACCGACACAUCACCGACGCCGUCAGAAACCAUCUUUUCAUGCGUCGAGGCGAAAAAACCAGUGGAUUGGAUCUGAUUGGUCAGGACUCUUUUUGCCAUGGUUCAACAAUUUAUUUUCAGUUUUGAACAUCUUGAGAGCCCGUGAUCACGGCGUUCAGCCCUACAACGACUUCAGAGAGUUCUGCGGUCUGAGAAGGGCUCACAAGUUUGAGGAUUUGAAGGUGGGUGGUGAAACCGGAAAGGCGUACCUUCGAGAUAUUCAUUCGUGGGUCUUAUGGCGAACUUCAAAAAAUCUCAAGCUCGAAGAAAAAUUAACUUUCUUUCUAAUAUAAAAUAGAAAAAAUUGAUAUUAUUUUCGUUUAGGGCGAGAUGGACAACGAAAACAUCAAGAUUCUCCAGUCACUCUACGAAUCCGUCGAUGAUAUCGAUCUGUUCCCCGGACUCGUCAGCGAAAGGCCGCUCCGUGGAGCUUUGGUGGGUGGUUCUUAGAGUAAGAUAAUCGUCAAGGGCCUCGGUAAGGGAACCGGACGUUUCUGAGCAAUUCUAGGGAGACUAUCGAAUCAGCAAAAAAAAAGCCGCUCAAUAAAGUUUGUUCCGGGAUGAAACGAGCCCAAAUUAGUCUGUUGCAAGAAUUAUUCCGUGGUUGGAAAGCUAUAGUUUAAAUAAGGGCUCCCUGAACAACGUGUAGACGCUCGGACCACGGUAACAAAAACCGGACGUUUCUGAGCGAUUGUAGAGAUCAUUUGAGAGCCCUGAUGCUACUAAAGUGGUCACUAGGAAUGUUCUCGUAAGUCCGAAUCGCGCCCGGGUCGCGUUGCCAAGGUCCGAGUAGUUCUUCAAGAAUGAUAUUUGAAUUAAACAAUCGGAAACAUUUCCUCUGUUUAAAAUCAAACUAUUUGAUUCAGCUUGGACCCACCAUGUCCUGCAUCAUUGCCGAACAGUUUGGCCGACUGAAGCGUUGUGAUCGAUUCUAUUAUGAGAAUGACAACUCGGCCGCCCGUUUCACUCCAGGUAUAACUAGGCUUAACACAAAUUUUCUUAACCUUAAAUUCACUCACUUACUAGGGAACGUUUUUUACCCCCCGGUUGAACUUUUGACGAAACUUCGCAGAGAUGUACUUUGAGGUCUCCUGAAUCCAGAACAAGAAAAAAAUUUCUCGCAAUAGACCUUGUUUUCGAGAUAUGCAGCCUCGAAGUUUGCACGCGAAAUCUGCGAAAGCAUGAAAGAGGGAAUAUGUUGCGCGCAGUGUCGCUGGAAUGCCAGUUGAUUCGUGGCAGAGUGGUAUGAGGGCGCGCGCUAUGUGCGAGCUGUGGUGGGUUCGAUUCCAUUUCGCUGCCAAAUUUUGCAAAAUUUCUUUUGCCAAAUCUUAUUUAAAAGAAGGAUGAUGCGAUUUUUCGAACUCUUCGCAACAGUAUUCCUUUAUUCAUUUGAAUUUUCAGAAAGAUUUUUCUGUUUCUCUUCUGCCUAAUAAUUCUCAUAUUUCUAUAUUAUUUAUAUUCAAAAGGGGGUAAUAGAGGAAUUCUCCGAAGCGCCCACACCUUCAGAAGAAAGAAGCGUCUUUUGCCAACGCAAAUCUGUCACAAGUGCUGAAAUUUUUGUUUUGAUUUGAAUGUAUUGGUUGUGUUUUUGCAUAUUGUUAUACUUUACUCGACUUGAUAUUCAAUCAUAAUGAGAAUUUGAAAAGCCUCCCUUUUGAGUUUGAAAAAAAAAACUUGGAGAGUAGUUUGUUCACAUUCUGUAUGUCAAGUAAAAUGACGUCAUUCGAAAACGCUCAGUGGUUGACUCGCUCUCUGAUUGGUUUAUCGCGCCAUUAGGGGCGGAGCUUGAAAACAACUUGACAUUCGAAAUCUGAACAGACUAUAGCAGAGUAAAAAAUUAUGGACACAAAAGUAUGAGUCCAUGAAUUUCGACCUUUUCAGCUCAACUAAACGAGAUUCGCAAAGUGAAGCUGGCCUCAGUUUUCUGCGCCAACAGCAAAUAUCUGAAGACGAUUCAGCCCAACGUUUUCGACGUUCCUGAUGAUUUGAUGUAAAAUUUGUCUUUUUCUGUUAUUUUCCUACUCAAUAUUCCUUUCAAAGAGAACUUUAAAAUUAUCAAUUCAGGAACGCCCAAGUCAACUGCGCCGACAUCCCGCAGAUCAACCUCUCGCACUGGAAAGAGCGAAGUUUGAUUUGAAAAAAUACCUAAAACAGAAGUAAGCACUUAGGAAACUGUGAAAUGAAUGGAAGGACAAUCGCUUUGGGAGAAUCCACCCACAUGACUCCUUGCGUCACUUGCACCUGUACCACUGAAGGGGUCAGUUUUUGUCAAUGGAGCGCAUUUGAGAGAAGGACCGAUGAUUAUUGA